ACGGGGAGCUGUGACAUUUGUGCUUGUUCACACACACACAUUCACGGACACACCUUGAUACUGCAGAGUCUGCUUCCACUGACUGGCCGACGUCCCAGAGUACACUUGCUUGGAGAAGGAGGAAGCGAACAAGAAAGGGAGGAAAUUUUGAGUCAUUAUUGCCAGCCUAGAGAAUAGUAGGCAGUGGUAGUAGACACAAGUGUGAGAGGUCAGAUGCAUUGAUUGAUUGGUAGAGAGAAAGUAGUUUGGAAGAGUUGCUGUAAGUUGUUGCCUGCAAGUUGGAGUUGCACCGCAGUGGUCACUGGGUAUCUGCUGUCAUUGAGGUCUUUUUUUAGUACUUUAUUUUUACCCUGGGACUGUGUUCUGGCACAACAGGCCACGUUUGUACGCUUCAGCUCUCCAUCUGCAAGUAAGCGUGUGUGUAGUCAUCAGUGUGUACUUGAAACCUCACCAUGGCCGACACAGACUUCAAACUGGAGCGUGCCGUUUUCGCAGAAGUCUCCGAUGACGAUGAGGAGGUCGCCUUAGUUACAGCUGCAGCCAAACCUGCCAAAACUGCGAAAGUGUUAACUGCUAGACUUGGCGACAGUGAGGAUGAUGAUGAUGACCCAGCGAAGGAGGUCGACCUGGUGUUGGGGCCAGGACUUGAUGGAGGUGGCAGUGGUGGAGUUGAGAAGACAGAAGCUCAGGCUACAGGCAUGAUGGUUCUUUCACUCCUAGAUAAAAUCAUAGGCGUGGUAGACCAGAUCAAGCAAACUCAAACAGAUCUGGAGGCAAGGCAGGAGAAUAUGGAGAAGAACAUGAGCACCAUCCAGACGGAGCUGACCAAGCUGGCGAAGAGUUAUGUAGGAACAGCUGGGACUGUCAACAAGCUGUUGGAUAAGGUGCGGAAGGUCAACGUCAACGUGAAGAGUGUGCGCACAGACCUGGAGAAGCAGGUGGGACAAAUAAAAAAACUGGAGAACAAUGAGCAUGAGCUCCUGAAGAGGAAGAACUUCAAAGUGCUCAUCUUCCAGGACAAGGAGAAACCUGUGAAGGGCUCUAAAAAGCCAGUGGCUGUAGAAGAAGGACAGCAAAUACUGACUGAAUGUGGAGCAGAAGAACAUGGCUCUGAAGAGGAAGUGGAAGUGGAGGAGAUCAUAGAAGAAUCACGUGCUGAGCGCAUCAAACGCAGCGGUUUGCAGAAGGUGGACGAGCUGAAGAAGUCCUUCAGCAAGGAGCAGAUGGAGAAGAACAGACAGAGAACCAAGGAGAACCUGGAGAAAACCCGUCAGAGAACUAAAGAGAACCUGGAGAAGACACGUCAAAGAACUCGAGAGAACUUUGAGAAGACCAAGAAGAGCCUGGGAAAGAAGAUGGGCAAGUUGGGAACAAAAAUGACACCAAACACUGAGCGCAGAGAGAAAUUCCGCAGCUCACGAGAGAAGAUAAAGAAGUCACUGACGCCUGACUACACUGUCUAUGCCCGCUCCAAAUCUACCACAUAUCAUGUACCGCCCUUCACCUUCCAUGUGAAGAAGAUCCGUGAAGGUGAGAUCGAGCCCACACCAGAGCCUGAGCCAGAAGAGGAACAGGAGGAGCAGAAUGAGGAGGUCCAGAAGGGUCUUGAGGUGCAGGAAGAAGAAGACCUAGCGUCACAGGUGGAGGUGGGUGAACUGGUCAAUCUUGAUAGUGCAGAGAUGGAGGCCUUUCUGGAGGCGGCUGAUAACUCACGGCUGGUGUUUCAGGAUACGGUGAGGCCUAGGGAGAAGGCCAGUCAGUAAGUCCAACCAGUGUGUCGAGCUUGGAGAUAGCUCAACAUGGAUAAGUGCUGUGGAGGUCUGGAGAUGAAUAAGGAUUAAGGGAUGUAGGGAAUUCAGAUGUGCUUAAGGAUGGAUUAAAAAGAAAAGGAAUGUGGAAAAGACUGGACCUUUGGCUGAACAUUUUAUUUGUUUGUUUGUUUUUAUCUAUUGAAACCCAAGGUUGUGAUUUUUAUUUUCAAUUGUGAGUUUCUAAAAUUUACUAAAGGCCCCUUUUAUUUUCAUUGUGUGAAGAAUUGUACAUUAUCUUUUGACAUGAUCUUAAAAACAUGAAUGUUGUGUAGUAUUUUCACAAAAGGUGGAUUUAAACAUUAAUAAUUAAAUACUCUAAUGACUUAGAUCCUAUUAGAUGGCAUAUAGUAUUAACUUAAUCAUUGUUAAUUUUUAAUCGAGGCAACCUGGUGACAGCCAGAUAGUGCCUAUAUAUUUAUAUUAAAAAGCACCCAGUAUUCUUUGUACUAUCAUGGAAUGUGCACAGCUGCUAAUUCCAACAGUAUAAAAUAAUAGAAUCUAUCACUCCACUCUAUCCUCUCCACUAAUAGCUGGUGUGUGGUGAGCGUAUUGCUGCACUAUGGCUGCGCCACAUCAUCCAUGUGGAUUCUGCACACUGGUGAUGGUUGAGGAGAGUCCCCUGUUCACUGUGUGAAGUGCUUUGUGUGUAGUGUCAGAAAAGCACUAUAUAAAUGUAAUGUUCAUUCAUUCAAUAGCAAGCCCCAUGCUCCAGGCGUGCUGAGUGACUCCAAUCAGGCUUCCUAAGCAACCAAUUGGCCAGUUGCUAGGGUGGGAAGAGUCACGUUGGAUUAACCUCCUUGUGUUCACCAUAAUGUGGUUCUUGCUCUCGGUGGGGUGCGUGGUGAGUUGUGUGUGGAUGCCAUGGAGAAUAGUGUGAAGCACAACAAGACAUGUGAAAAGAUGCACGGAUUGACGGUCUCAGACGCGGAGGCAACUGAGAUUCGUCCUACGCCACCUGGACUGAGGCGAGUCACUACACCACCACAACGACUUAGAGCACAUUGGGAAUUGGGCAUUCCAAAUCAGCGCGAAAACAAAUAAAUAAAAUAGCAAGCCCCAUGCAUCUACCUGGAUCAUAUGAAAUGAAAGGUGCUACAGAGUAUAUAGUCUGACUGAAGCAUUGUUGUGAGGGAAAGUUUAUUAUAAAAUAUUAUUUUUGAAGUGAUGCAAAAAAAGAAAGAAAGACAAUAAUUACAAAGUACUACUGAACAAACUUUUGCUUUUUUGAGACUAAAAGUUUUAGUAAUCACAUGGAUACAGCAAGUUGUUUUGCAGUAUAGUUGAUAACGUAAAUGUGAUCUUAAGUAAAAAAAAAAAAACAUUUAAAAAAAGAAGAAAAAUGAAACGCCACCAUUUUAAAUGCUUAACACUAUGUAAAUGUAUUUUAUGUUCUAAUUUCUUCAUUUUACAUCUUCAGAUGGCAUAAUGUGAUCUUUGAGUUUAGAUAUUUAAAAAAGAAUCACAGAUACCUCUAAGAUCAGACAGAAUAUCAGAGUCUUAGAGGUGGUUUUUCCCUGUCAGUUCUAUUCAUUCAAAAGUUGAAUUUAGUUCUUCAGUGUUCACCCUGUUUGUACAUGCAUAUACCAAUUUACUUGCUCAGAGCAAGAUUGAUCUGUCUUUCAAAUAUACAUACUAGUGUUGUCAAAAGUACCGGUACUUCGGUACUAAGUUGAUACUAAAAUAAACAAUAUGUAACGAUACCAGUGUUUCUGUAGUAGCCUACCGGAAGUACAGAGCACCGACUCAAUCUGUUACCAGCGCACAGUAUUACUGACACACAACACCUUUAAAAUGCUCACACGCUUAUUUUGAACAUAUGUUCUGUGACUCCUUUUACACUGAAAUGGACAAUUAAUCAAAUUAAAUCAAAUGUCCUAGUGUGAUUUAUUAAACCGCCUACGGCUGCAAUCUUAGUGCGGAUGAGCUGCGUACUUCGAAUGUAUAAAUCCAACUGCUCAAACACUUGAAACGCCACAGACAUUGAGAAUCAUUCACAUUGUAUUAGAUGACAGAGCACAAGUAAAAUAUAUAUUUAUAUAAUUAAAAUCACAGCAUUUACGCUUUAAUCUCAACUCAAACUUUAUUUAUAUAGCAUUUAAAACGUUGACCAGUGCUUCAAAAACACAAGUCAUCUAAAAUACAACACUUCAUAACUGUGUCCUACAUUUCAUUUGUCGGACUCAAAGUCCAGUGUAAAGAGAUGACUAAAGUCUUCCGUGAUCACACUGAGCCAUGUGAACUGUUUAUCAGGAAAAGUGAAGCAUCCAGCAAAAAAAAAAAAAACACGCCAUAAUAAAAACUAGAUGCCUGAAAUUGUGAGUAUAGUAAACUGUAUAGUAAAAUGUAUUAUUCACUUUAUUAUUAUUAUUAAUAAUAAUUAAUCAUAAUAUCACAAGCAAGACAGUUGUUGAAUAAAAGUUUGGCAAAAAAAAAAAUGCAAAGUUCUGCUUUCACUUGUUAAACGUUUUAAGAAUGUAUUGAUUAGACACCAUUUUGAAUAUAAAAUUUAAUUAAACUGUAAAAAAAUGUUCUGUAUAGUUCUGGAAAAUAAUAAUUAUUAAACUGUAAUUAUUAAAAUAAUUAUUAAAUAAUAAAAAAAUAUCUAAACUGGUGUAUACAAUAGCACAUUAUAAUAUUAGCAUAUUUUUGCUGUGGUAUCAAACUUGGUAUCGAGAACCAUGCAAUUUCACCGGUAUCGGUACCGAUUACUGAACUUUUGGUACCGUGACAACACUAAUACUUACAUAAAUACAGUAGUAGGUAAACAGGGACCUAUGGAAAAGUAUUGCUGAUAUGCUGAUAUUUGAGUAAUAUCUCUCAUGAUGCAUGACUGUAUAAUCAAAGUCACUGAAGUAAAGAGAAAUUUGUCAUAUUUGUAUUCUGUAUUGGAAUAUUUUUGAAAUACUUUAAGUACCGUCAUGUCAAAUAAUUGACCCAAAUCAUCAGCUGUGCUCGUUUUUACAAAAAGUAGAAUCACUGAAAGCACACAUUUAUUUUUUAUCAUGCUUUUGAUGAUCUGAUAUUAUGAAAAUAUGUAGUUAUUGCAAUGAUCACCGUACUUAUGGAUGACAGUUUUCUAUGUGUGAGAGUUAGAGUGAAGCUGAUUUAAAUGGCUCCUGUGACAUUUGUGGCUAUGUAAAUGGAUUAGGUGUAGGUAUAUUUUAAUAACCAAAUAAAAGUGUCCCUCAGUGAUG